UAACCACUAGAAUUAAGAGAAUUUAUAACUACAUUUUAGUUUUGAUAUAAAAACGGUUAUCGUUUUUGGUCUAACUACAGUAUACUCUACAGUCAUUAUGGAGAUAUACGUUCUUGUAUUGAGUCUUGCUACACUUGUUGGCCAAGCGUAUUCGUGCUGUGUGCCACAACAGUUAGAGGGAACGGUUGGGAUGUCAAUUGGUCUGAACAAUAAUGGCAAUCCUCUGGCUAUUACGGCUGUGUAUGACAAAUGGGCAAUGGAUACUGCUAGAGGAAAAGGUUACUUUUCUGGAACAGUCUACGUUGGGGGUCAUGCAAUUCACCAAGAAAUUGUUCAGGAUUUCAAUAUUCAAGUACAGUAUGAAGCUGCUAUGGGAAACUGCACCAUAAAACCCUUCCCAUUUGAUUUUUCGACCGAAGGAGGAAUGAUUUGUUUGCCAUCUAGCUCAAAGGUAAUGUCGAGCUAUCAUGGUUUAGGAGAUGACACGCUCAAAGUUGACACGUACUAUAUUCCAUUUGAUGCAGGACAUUUUACCAUGUCAUUGACUACGAAAGGAUGCGCACCAGUAUCAGAAAGUUUCCAAAUAAACGAUGGCGUCUUCAAUAUUGGUUUCAUGGGACUUACAAGUGGCAUAACAGACCCCUCCGUGUUCGAGUUGCCUUCCCCUUGUAAGGAGGGGUCGAUGAGAAAGAGAGAAAUACGACAGUCGCCAUUCGUUCCCAUCUGAUGGCAAAGAACGACGAAGCUUGCUUAUUCAACAUUGUAUAUAACUUCUCUGAAAUCAAAUGGACCAAUUCAAUACUUUUUUCCUUUUCAAGUCUACAAAUUAUGAACACUUUAACCAUGUACAAUUAAAAUAAACAAUCAUUUACGUUUUA